AUGAGUUUCACGCCACCUCCUCCGCCUCCGGCCGUGCGGCCGCAGAGACGGCCCUUCCAUAGGCUUGCGGAGGCACCAGACCAGACAAUGAAGGCGGCGCCAGCCAGCCCUUACAUGCCGGGGACCCCAUUGCCGGUUCAUCUUCGAUUUGGCGCCACUGGCCAUGCCAAAACGUCCGCCAUUCCCACCGCCUGGGAUGCAGCCCGCGAAGGACAGACCGGUCACGCCGGCCCCACAACCGGCACAGACCCCACUCACGCCGGUCCCACAGCCGGCACCGACCCCAAUGACGCCGGUCCCACAGCCGGCACCGAUCCCAAUGACGCCGGUCCCACAGCCGGCACCGAUCCCAAUGACGCCGGUCCCACAGCCGGCACCGACCACAACCACGCCAGUCCCAUAUCAACAAACAGAGCCGGCCGCACCGACCUCAAACGGGGAGCGGGUCUCACCUGUGUCACCGCCCUCCUCACCGCCCUCCUCACCCGACCCGGCUCCAAUGGAGACACCAAGGACCAUGCGACGUCGUACAACGAUCUCGAUCGGCAGCCACAGCUCUAUGCCGCGGUGAACAUGGGCGGUGGUGAGAGGCUGGAUCUUGGAGCUGACCUCCGGGAGGCAAAGGCCAAUGCUGAGGCAGCCGAGGCAAGGUAUAGAGCCCAGCAGGCUACUUUGGUGGCCGAAGCAGAAGCGGCUCAACUGGCAGCUGCCAGGCGGGCAGACGAGGAAGCAGCGCAUGCCGAGGCUGUUCGGAGAGCCCAGGCUACUUUGAGGGCCGAAUCAGAGGCGGCUCAACUGGCAGCUAUGAGGCGAGCAGACGAGGAAGCUGCGCUGGCUGCUGCGGAGACGUCCUUGCGUCUGAGCAGGGAGCGGCAGCAAGCUGAGGAGGCCGCAGCAGCUGCCGCGGAGAAGAGGGCCUGGCUCACGGGCACGAUGUGGUCCGCCUCGCAGCCGCCGACCUGGAUCGGGGCGCCGCAAUGGGCGCAGGCGCCCCCCUGCCGCUCCAGCAGCUGCCUGGUGGCGAAGGCGCAGCAGAAGGUGUGGGAGCUGGCCCAGGCAAGAGCAGCCAGGAUGAAGGCUGAGGCUGAAAAUGCUGCGGCUGCAGAGGCAGCAGCAGCCAAGAAGGCACCGAAAGAGCCGAAAGAGGCUGCGGCUAAGGCGGCUACGGCGAAGGCGGCCAGAGGCGGACGACGCAAGGAUGCCCAGGGCGUCGGGGCCGAAUAUGCCGGCAAGGUCAAGGCUGCCGAGAACAGGGGCCGCGACAAGAGGAAGAGGCAGGAGUCGCUGAGCCCGCUGCGGGAGGAUGAGAUCGAGUUGCUCAGGACGCACAACCUCCUGGAGUCACCGGAGUCGUCUUCGGCAUCUUCCA